AUGUCUGCUCCUGGUGGCUACCCUGUCCCGUCAGCACCGCCUUCUUAUGAGGAGACAACAGGAAUCAAUGUCAACUACCCUGUCCCCUACCCUGCCCCAGAGCCCGGGCAAAGAGAGGCCGCGAAGGGAGCGAGCCCUCCUCCGUACUUCGUGCAGCCCGGGCCAGCGCCCAGCCCAGUUACAGUUCAGACUGUGUAUGUGCAGCAACCAGUAGUAUUUUACGAUCGCCCGGUUCAGAUGUGCUGCCCGUCCUGUAACAACAUGAUAGUGACACAUCUUACGUACACCUCGGGAGCGCUGGCUUGGCUCUCAUGCGGCGGCCUCUGCCUGCUGGGGUGUAUAGGUGGAUGCUGCUUAAUUCCCUUCUGUAUUGACGCCCUCCGAGAUGUGGAUCACUCCUGUCCAAACUGCAAAGCCAUAAUUGGUUCUUACAAGCGUUUGUAGGCAGUGUUUAAAUAUGGAUGAGGAUUGAUUGCUGAGGUUUAUUAGCACCUCUGUAAGCCCUUUCUGAAACCUCAUGGAGACUUGGGGUCAUUUCUCUGCCUCCUGUCACUGAAAUCAAUCUAAA